CGAAUGGAGAGCAGAAGAGCGAGAAGCUGCGAGGGUACGGUCACCUGUACAGCCUUAGCCUCGCCCAUUUCAAGUCGGCGGCGAUCAAGUGCGCCGUGGAGUUGGGCAUUCCAACUGCUAUCAAACGCUGCGGCAGGACGGCCACCAUCUCCGACCUCAUCAAGGAGAUCGGCCUCGUCCCGGCAAAGGCGCCAUACCUCAGCCGCCUCCUGCGCUUCCUUGCCUUCUUCGGGCUGUUCGAGGAGGACGAGGAGGAGUUUGCGUCAGCUAAAAGCAAGACGGUGUACAAGCUGACUCCGACGUCGCGGCUCCUCGUCCAGGAGGCCGACAACGAUUCGACGUGCGACAUGUCCCACAUGCUGCUGCUGUUCACGCGUCCCAGCACCACUGUGUCAACCUUCUUCGACGUUGAGCGUUGGAUCAGAGAUCCAACUAGUACCAAGACUGUUUUCGAGGCGGCUCAUGGUACGUCCACUUGGGUCUCACCCAGAGCGACGCGUCAUUUAACGAUGCCAUGAACAGAGCUAGCAUGGCGGAUAGCCGAUUCACCAUGGAGGUUGUGAUCAAAGAGGCCGGUGGGUAUUUCAAGGGCCUGAAGACUCUGACGGAUGUCGGUGGCGGCCACGGUGCAGCCACGGCUGCUAUCGUUGCAACCUUUCCAGACAUGCAGUGCACCGUGAUGGACCUCCAGCAAGUGGUCAACAGCGCACGUGAGUGCGGCGGGACGGUCAAGUUCGUGGUAGGCAAUAUGUUUGAGUCAAUUCCGCCAGCAGAUGCUGUUCUACUCAAGCUCGUCUUGCACUCCUGGGACGAUGCCUCAUGCAUCAAGAUACUCAAAUGCUGCAAGGAAGCGAUACCACCAAUGGGAGGAAAGGUGUUCAACAUCAACACCGUUCUUGGGCAUAGGGGGGAGACAAGCAAGCACGAAACUGAGGCGCAACUCUUACUUGAUCUUUACAUGAUGAGAGGCCACGGUUUCGAGAGGGAUGAGCGUCAGUGGAAGACGAUAUUCUUGGAGGUUGGAUUCGCCAACUACACGGUGAUCCCAUUACAAGAUCCCUUAGCUAUGAUUGUGCUUCAUCCAAGUCCAUUGGUGGUGGAGAUGACGGUGAAGGUGACCGGCACCGGUGGGGCCAAGGAGGACUCGUUCCUGUCCACUGACGAGGCUGAGGCAGCGCCAUGACCCAGGCCGGAGGCGAGUCAAGCCUCAAGCCAGCACCAACCUGAGCUCUGAUGUGUGUGUGGCCUAUCCGGCUGUCCGGUUGCGGCUGGACUAAUAAAUAAACAAACUCAGAUCCUCCAUCGUCUAAGGUUGUGUUGUCUUUGGGCUGUGGCAUUAUUAUUAUUGUUAUGUAUGCACGAUGAUGUACCUUGUACUUUGUUUUCUGUAAUUUGUCUUAAUAUAUAUAACCAGU